AUGGAGGUACCAAAAGAGCCCUCUGUUGAGGCACUUCGUGGUAACUACGCUGCGGCGAGGGAUCCGCGAUAUGAAGUGACCUGGGAGCCUCUUGACGCGGAGAACCCUCGGAAUUGGACACUGUGGUACAGAGUGUUCAUUGUUACAUCCAUGUCAUUUUCUACCACCAUAGUAGUGAUAUACUCGACCAUGUAUACUUCUGGCGUUGAUGGCAUAAGAAGAGAAUUCAAUAUUUCUUCAAAAAUAGUUGUUCUUCUUGGCCUGACCACAAAUCUUUUUGGUCUUGCGUUGGGUUCGGUUGUUUUGUCGUCCCUCUCCGAGAUCUAUGGCCGCCGGCCCAUAUACAUCAUUUCUGUUCUUCUGUUCGCCCUCUUCAUUCUGCCCGUCGCUUUAGCAAAGAAUAUCGAAGCCAUUUUGAUCAGUCGAUUCUUUGGAGGCUUCUUUGGUGGAACUAUGAUCGCCAGUGCCCCAGGAAGUGUGACUGAUGUGACGGAUGACCAGCACCGCACGUUGGCACUCAGCUUUUGGAGUCUCGGAACCAUGAAUGGGCCUGUCCUUGGGCCCAUUAUUGGUGGCUUCUCCAGGAAACAUACGCCCCAGCUCUUCUUCGGAAGCGCACAAAAGAAAAACAGCAGGCAACGGGGGAUCGUCGCUGGUGGUGCCGAUUUGAUCACCAAGAGACUGGCUUACAAGUUUUAA